CGUUGCUUCAGCUGUUCAUCUCAUUUUGGUGUAGAACUUUGGGGGCGCGGUUUAGGGUUUCUUCUCGUCUCUGCACUCCGUCUCCAACGCCCAGCGUCGAUGGAAGAGAUCACGGAAAAGGUUAACAAUCUUAGCGUGACUGCCGAUUCCCACAAGAAGAAUAGAAUCCAAGUCUCUAACACAAAGAAGCCCCUUUUCUUCUACGUCAAUCUCGCAAAGAGAUACAUGCAGCAGUACAAUGAUGUGGAGCUCUCCGCACUUGGAAUGGCCAUAUCAACUGUAGUAACAAUUGCCGAGAUACUCAAAAACAAUGGGCUUGCAGUGGAGAAGAAGAUAACGACUUCUUUGGUUGAAGUGACGGAUGAGACGAGGGUUAGACCGUUGCAGAAAGCAAAGAUUGAGAUUUUACUUGGGAAGACUGCAAACUUCGAUGAUCUGAUGGCUGCAACCGAGCGAGAUGGUGGAGAAGGCGAUCAGCAGAACUGACAGAAGUUUACUGAUUUUGUUUUUGAUUUGCUAGAAAAUUUUGUUAUUUCGGUUCUUUGUAAUCAUCUCCAUGAAUCAGCAGCACCUUAUUUUCCUUCCAAGAUUGAGUCUACAGCAAUUGGUACUUGUUAAUUAUGACUCAAAUAGGAAGGUUCUCCAGUCCAUUUUA